GCCGGCGAGGAGAGCGCACGCACCAUGUCCGGCGGCGAGUGCUCACAAUGCGAUUUGACGUAGCGCGUCCCCGCGGGCGCCUGAAGUCGUGCCAUGGUGUGAGGCGCUAUGGAGAAGCGACGUGAUGGCGUCUCGAAGCCGAAGUCUCUGGCGCUGGAGAAGAUGGAGAUGCUGGUCCGGCAGAUGCAGAGUCCCGAGUCCGGGGUUCCGGUCAGGUGCCAGAAACUCUUCUUGACCACCAUUCCGUCCGCCUUCAUGGGGUACGACCUCAUAGAAUGGCUGAUGGAAAAUCUCCCCAUCGACGACUCAGGCGAGGCCCUUCACCUGGCCUCUCUGCUGUGUCAGCACGGCUACUUCUUCCCCGUGGGAGACGCCAAGACUCUCCAGGUCAAGGACGACUCUUCUCUCUACCGGUUCCAGACACCCUACUAUUGGCCCUCUCAAAAUCACGUUCCGGACUCCACGGACUACGCCAUCUAUCUCCACAAGAAAAUAUCAAAAAACAAGCAGAAGCACGGGCUGGAGGACUGCGAACUGGAGACCUACAACCAGCUGAAGAAGACGCUGGCCUCGAAGUGGGACUUCGUCGCUAUGCAAGCGGACGAGCAGCUCAAGAUGGCUAAAGACCGCAAGAAGGGGGACAAGAUCGUGUCGGAGAGUCAAGAGCGGGCGUACUGGCGCGUGUACCGGCCGCCACCAGGCUUCACCAACACCCUGGAGACCCCGGUCGUGCCUGACCGCAGUCGGCCGCCGUCGGCCGCGCCAGACACGCCCGACAAACUGGGCAACGAGAUUUUUCACCUUCGGGGCGGCUGGAAAGAAGAAGAUUUCGACAGUGACUCCUCCCAACGUGAGCCAAUUGGUCGUCAGCUCGGGGCGGCUGAGCGGAGAUGACCAAUCAGCAGGCGGAGCGCCGGGGCCACGUCCCGACUGCGACCCCCCCUACAG